GUCACAUCAUUCCAAAACAGAACCCGUGCAAGAUUCAGCCCAAACUUCAAUUUCCUUUCUUCUUCUCCAGAGCUGCCGACCCGAGUCUUCAGAGCUGCCGUAUGUCGUCCCUCCUUCCCUCGCUUGCGUCUACUCUUGCCGGCCACCGAUUCCCAUUGAACCUGGCUGCACUUCAGGCUGUCCGACAUGGCCUCCGCAGUCGAGCCAAAUGCGCCUGUCAAUAAUGGCACCCCGCGUCCUGCGACACCGAAAACCUCGCGAGAAAAUGAACUGCCCCUGCCUCCAAUUCCUGCAGCGGAGGGUGGAGGAGAAGAGUUGGAUCCAGCGUCCAGAGAAAGAGUGCAACACGUCCUCUCUUCAGAUGUAAGCGCAAGCUCAGAGUUUCCGUUGUGGCCCUCUGUUGACCGACCUCUCAGAUUGGCAUGAGCACAUUGCUGCAACGGUUGAAACAAAGCAUCGGCUCCACCAAAGUACCGUCCCUCUUGCCCUCUACCCAAGCUGGCUUGCUGACCGAGGACAGGACUUUGCGGCCUUCCUGAAAGAAAGAUCGGUCCUAGAAGAGAAACAUGCGCAAGGCCUCAAGAGACUAAGUCGGAGCACACACGAGUCGAUAGGAAGACCUGAUAGCAGACAAGGGACCUUUGCUCAAAACUUCAAGGAGAUGACUAGUACUCACGAGCGCAUGGCGGAACAUGCCCUGCAAUAUGUCACGACGCUAUUCGCAAUGUCGGAGGAACUCCACGACCUAGCUGCCAAUUCUGAAAGGGCGCGGAAACACUGGAAACAGACAGGCUUGAACGCUGAAAAGCGGGUGCAAGACGCGGAAACCGCCAUGGAGAAGGCCAAAUACCGAUACAACUCGCUGGCGGAACAGUACGAUCGCGCCAGGACCGGGGAAAAGCAGCCCGGCAAGUUUGGCCUCAAAAGGUCCGCCGCCCAGCUGGAAGAAGAGCUACGACACAAACUCGAGGCUGCAGAUGCUGAUUAUUCCGCCAAAGUCGAUGCCGCGCAGAGUCAGCGAAAUGAGUUGCUGAGCACUUUGAGACCGCAAACGGUGAAUGCGCUCUCAGAGCUCAUCAGGGAGACCGAUGCCGGCCUGACUCUACAUGUCCAGAAAUUCGCCGAUCUCAGUGAGAAGCUGCUCGUGGGGUUUGGACUGUGCAUUGCGCCUAUCAAAGGCCCGUCGCCGAUUCCAGGUCAAGGCACCAAGAGUCUGCGCGAACUAGCCUCGGACAUCAAUAACGAAAAAGAUUUGUCCGACUUUGUCCUUGGGUUUAGCAACAAGGCUCCCACGAGGCCAAACGAGAUCAAGUACGAAAAACAUCCCUCGCUCUCGCCAAAACAGCAGCAGCCUGGAUUUACAGAUCAAUAUUACAAUGAAGAUCCUUAUACUCCGACUCACGGAAGGCAGGUUUCGGGAGUCACACCUUACCCAGGCGAGGAGUAUUACGAUGAUGGAUCGCAGUCUCAAUAUUAUCCAGGGAAUCAGGGGCCCGGACAGGGGCCUCAACAGCAGCAGCAGCAAGUGGGUGCUCCCCAAGGUGCUCAAGGCCCUGUUCAAAGGCCGCCCGCUCCUGCACAACCUCUCCAGAGUAAUCCUGCCGCAGGAAAUCAACCGCUAGGCGCUGGGCCCCAAAUUGCUGCGGCCGCUGUAGGUCAAGCUCCUGGGGCGGGACCGGGUCACGUCAGGAACGUGUCCCUAGGGCAGCCGCCUCCUGGUCAGCAGCCCAUGAGUCAACAGCAGGCCCCAGGAACUCAGCAAAACGGCCAACCAGGCCAAAUGGGCCCUCAAGGUCAAGGUUCUCCUCCUCAGCAAGGGAUGGGUCGGGGACAACCACCACAGGGUAUGGGACGAGGACAACCGCCACAAGGCAUGGGCCGUGGGCAAGCACCACCAGGUACAAUGGGCCGGGGACAACCGCCUCAAGGGGCAUCUGGUCCAGGUCAGCCACCACAGGGUGCAAUGGGAAGAGGCCAAGCACCUCCAAACGGUUCUGGUCGAGGUCAGCCACCACAAGGCCCCAUGGGACGCGGGCAACCCCCUCCAAAUGGAAUGGGACGAGGAGCACCACCAGGGGCAGUCGGCCGUGGUCAGCCACCGCAAGGAGGCAUGGGCCGAGGACUGCCGCCGCAAAAUAGUGGCAUGGCUCCUGCUGGCCCACAACAAAACGGGCCUCCUCAGGGAGCCGGGCGUGGAACGGCCGGCCCAGGGCCAAACGGACCUCAGAAUGGCGCUCCUCGCCCAGGUCCUACUGGUGGCGUCAGUACACUCCCUUCAAGAACCCAGGCAGGUCCGCGACCAGGGCCACCUAUUCGGCCCGUUUUUGGAGUGUCCUUGGACGAGCUAUUCCAACGAGAAGGAUCUGCUGUACCGAUCAUUGUCAUACAGUGUACUAGAGCCGUCGAGUUAUUCGGUUUGGACGUCGAAGGUAUCUACAGAACUUCUGGAUCAACGCAUCACAUUAUGGAGUUACGACAACAAUUCGAUCAUGAUGCCGAUGCAGUCGACUUCCGCAACCCGGCGGCUUUCCACGAUGAUAUCGCUUCGGUGACCACACUCCUCAAGCAUUUCCUUCGCGAUCUGCCAGACCCGUUGCUCACGGCAGCACAAUACCGAGAGUUUAUUCAAGCGGCCAAAAUAGACGACGAUAUUGUGCGCAGAGACUCGGUGCAUGCUCUCGUCAACGCUCUACCUGAUCCUAACUAUGCGACUCUGAGAGUACUGGCAAUUCAUCUAUUCAAAGUUGCACAGCACAGCGCCAGGAACAAGAUGACCCACAGCAAUCUAGCAAUCGUGUUCGCUCCCACGUUGAUGGGCCAGCAAGGCGGCGUGAAUGGGAAUGUGGCCGGAGGGGCUGACAUAGCCGACGCGGGAUGGCAGGCGAAGGUCGUCGAGACCAUUCUCAACAACACCUUCCAGAUCUUUGACGACGACGAGGCCGCAUAGUUGAAGAGGUCGCACAUUUGUAUCGACUCGUGGGAUCACCGAAUGUGCCUCACGGAAAUCGAUGGGAUCGAGUCCACACGGAGGGUCUACAGUGUGGUCAUGUACAAUAAGUGCAAUGUACUAGUGAUUGAGCCAGGGGAAAUGACCAGGGAUGGAUUUCAUUACAAUGGAUUUCACGGCGGGAAUGUGAAGGCACGAUUUAUGAAAAUGUCGCUGGGUGAAUACAGAUAAUCCAUAAUGUCGUUUCCACGAUCUCGUGUAUCAUUCCAAUCUCAAGCUACUGACUUCAGCAA